UACAUAACGACGAAGCCGUCGUCCGAAACGGUCCGGGUGGCGCUUUCGCUUCGCCACUGUAGUGUGUCGCCGCCGCCACCGGCUCACCGCCCCGCGCCGCCGCCGUUCGUUACUCUCUUUAUUUUUUCUUUUUUUUUUUUAUUAUUACUAUUACUACUGUUAUUAUUAUUAUUAUUAUUAUUUCGUCCGCCGCCGCCACCGCCCUACCAACCUACUCGCCGUCGUCGCUGCGACGUUGCGUUGUUUCGCCAUGACCGUGCUGUGAACCGACGAGGAAACCGGCAACAUGAGCGCGUACAAAAAACGUUACAAGACCACCGCAAAUGCUGCGAACAGUGAUAAACAACAACAUGCAUCACCUAGAGUAACACUAAGACUUACCAACACGGGUAAUAAUCAAUUUAAGAGUUCGUCUGCUCGACAGGAUGAGAAAAAUAAGAAAAUAGCUGAGGAACAGAACGCCAGCAUGACGAAUGAUACAAAAACUGUUGAGACUGAAGAAAAACCAGAUACACCCAGUCAGUCGAUUUCUCAAUCGACUGCAAAUGUAUCGACUAGUGCGCCAGCAGAGAGUACAUCAGCUAGUACUUCUAAAGAAACUGAAUCCAAAGAUGGGGACUCAGUUGAAGCAACAGAUACUGUAAAUAGCUCAUUAAAUGCAACUGCAAAGCCAUCAAAAGAAGCAGAUAAUUUAAAACGACCUCUAGUUGAAGAAGAUGAAGAAGUUAAACCAAAAAAACGCAAAGAAGAUAGCCAAAGUUCUAAAGGUAAAAAUGAAGCUUCUAGUCCUAAACCUGAUAGUGACGAGGAUAAAUCUGGUGGUUCUGGACCUUCUAAUGCUGACAGUCCUGGAGGUGGCCCCAAAGUACCCCCAUUAAAAAUUGUGAUACCUACUACUGAUGCCGAUACGGGUACAAGAACAAAUGGCAAGAAUGGUAAUCGAUCACAUCAUCAUACAGCAUUACCGUAUGUAGUACCAUCUGAAGAGUCACCACCGGCAUCUAAUCAGCCUAACUCACCUAAGUCUCCGCAAAAAGCAACUUCUGAUACAAUAGCUGUUGAAGAGCAAAAGUCUCCUCAAACCAGAGUAUUACGGUCGUCUAACAGAUGCGGCAGUAACAGUAGUGGUGCACCAAGUCGUGGUACUUCUCCAAUUGUUCCUGAUGAACAGUUGGCUCAAACUGCAUCACCAGCUGCUGUGACAGUAGAUGUAGGAUCAGGUAACCCUUCUCCGUCUGCUACUCGUUCAGAACAAACUGAAAAUGUAUCGGCCAACAUUUCUGGAGAUGACAAACAGGCAACUACUACUGCUGCAGCUACUGCAACUACAACGUCUGAAUCUACUGCAACUGCUGAAUUGUCAGGUAUGGAACUUCAUCCUAGACGACGCAAAUUGAAAGCUAGCCGUACUGAAUCCGAAACUAGUGAUACUUCAUCUGCCGCCAAUGUUACUACUGUAGAAACUAAUCCGUCCGGCACAACCAGUGAACCUGCUCCAGUUACCAAUUGCUAUCAGAUGUUUUUAAACAUUAGAAAACAAAUUGAUAAGAGACGUAAGAAUUUGUUUCCUGUGCAACCAAAACCACCAUCUGGAUUUAAAGACUAUCUAAUGAACAGAUGCACGUAUGUUUUGGCUGGUAAUUCUAAUAGCCGUGUAGUAAAUACACAAACCCCAUCACCAGCCAAUUUACAUGAACAGUUGAAAAAGCUGUUUGUUGAACAGGAAAAGGAGAGACAAAGACUUCGUGUACAGCACAUAGUAGAAAAAGAAAAAUUGGUGUUGAGUGUUGAACAAGAGAUACUCAGGGUUCAUGGACGUGCAGCUCGUGCAUUAGCUAAUCAGCUUUUACCAUUUUCUGUAUGUACUAUACUCAAGGAUGAUGAAGUAUAUAACAUUAUGACACCUGAGCAAGAAGAAGAGAAAGACAGACAUGCAAGAUCCCGUUACAAUGGCCGUCUUUUUUUGUCAUGGCUACAAGAUGUAGAUGACAAAUGGGAAAAAAUUAAGGAAUCAAUGUUACUGAGACAUCACAAUGAGGCAGAGAGUUUACAUGCUGUACAAAAAAUGGACUGGGGAUGGAAGUUAAAAGAAUUACAGUUAUGUACCUAUAGUUCAGAACCCAAUAUUGAUGAAGAGCAUGUACCAAUGGUUUUAGUCAGCGAUGAUUUCGAUCUCUUGCCCGCCUAGUUUUGUUAUUCAUUAACAUAUCGGUACAAUGUCAACGGUCGAGUAAUGGUUAUUUAUUCGACUAAGCUUUAGUUGAGAUUAUUAUUGUUAUGGAUAAAUAUUUUACUUGACAACUUCCAAAUGUUUGUCAUUUGUAUUCGUGCCAUUUUAUCAAUAAUAUGUUAAUAACAAUAUUGUGUGUUUGGCCAAGUAUUGUUUGUUACAUCUUUCUUUUAUUAUAAAUUUAUAAUUUCUUGACGAAUACUAUUAUGGUGAUAAUAAAUGUUUUUUCAAACCAAC